CCAAGAAGGUUAGGAGGACAACGCUUCCCUUUCUCAUUAUCCGGCGAGGUACUUGCUCGGCGUUAGCUUCAUCUUCUCCGAGCUCUUGCUAACAACAGUCCUUGGUUUUAAGCUCCUUAUUUUAGAUAAAGCUUCCUGUGGAACAGGACCAAAUGGAAGCACGCAACAACGGCAAAAAGUUGAUGCAAAGCCGGAAAGCCUUCACGUAACAGCUGAAAAAGAAAGAAGAGCAUGCUUCAUUCUGAGUCUCCUUUACUAUUCAUCUUUUCCUGCUUGUUUGUCAACAUGAAGAGGCAAGUGCCGAGUGCUGAUUGGGGCAGCCCAGCAGCAUGGAGCAUGGGGCUCGAGCAAGAGGAUGGUGGCGGAUUAAUGGAGGGCAUUGGUGGUGGUGGCGGUUGGGGUGCUCUAAUGGCGGAUGCCGGGAAUGAGACUGUGGACGACUAUGCCGGAAUGCAGCACCAGGUUGGGGUCAUGGGGAGGAGGGAUGGGCUGAGGAAGAAAGCUACGCAGAAUAUCGUAGAGAAGAAGCAAAAGCGGAUGGUGAAGAACCGUGAAUCAGCUGCUCGCUCCAGAGCAAGAAAGCAGGCAUACACAAGUCAGCUGGAAUACGAAAUUGCGGCAUUGACGAAGGAGAAUCAACUGCUGUUGAAAUAUGGGCUUUUUGAAAAGAUGGCAGCUAACACACGAACUGGUUGCCCGCAACCUCUCCGACGCACAUUCUCUGCAACUUUUUGAGGAUCAUGGUGAUGUAAUAUCUACACUUAUCAGACACCAUUCUGAAAUAUCACUCUUUAGAAGCACUUGCGUAUAUUUUUUUUUUUCAUUAUGAGCGACCCUUCUUAGAGAGUUGGGUAGCUUUGUGUACCACCUUUGAACACAUGUAACCUUAUUAAAGGCCCAUGCAUAUAUAUCAUAUACAUCGCAUCUUUUCUUCAA